AUGCAUGCCACAGCAGUCACCGCCUUCGCCCUGCACCCAAUCACGCGGCCCCGCGUGCCGCCCGCAACCCGCAACAGCAAGUCCAUCGCGGAUCCGCAACAGCCACCAUCGGUAAAUCUCCAAUUGCUCGCUCCAACGCCUCUCAAUCCCACCCUCCUUUCCUCUUUGCUCCUCCCGCUUCUCGAAAACAACCCCCCGGGAGCCCUCUCACCCGCCUCCAAGAUGGUCGACAUCGUCCCCCUCUCAUCCUACCCGUCCUAUAUCGACCUUCUCCCCUCCAUCCAGACCUGCAACAUCACCAACCUGCCUGAGAACUACUUCCUCAAAUACUACCUCUACCAUGCCCUCACCUGGCCCCAGCUGAGCUUUGUCGCCGUGGUUCGCCCCAAAAAUGGCUAUAAAUCCGGCGCCGGCGCCGGCAAGGCCGGUGAUAUCGCCGGCGAGUACCCCAAGGUGGUGGGGUAUGUUCUGGCGAAGAUGGAGGAGGAGCCGACGGACGGCGUGCAGCACGGCCAUAUUACGAGCCUGAGUGUGAUGCGCACACAUCGGCGACUUGGUAUCGCGGAGCGCCUGAUGCGCAUGAGUCAACGAGCCAUGGCCGAGUCUCACCGCGCUCACUAUGUCUCCCUGCACGUCCGUGUCUCCAACACCGCCGCUCUGCGCUUGUACCGUGAUACUCUGGGCUUCGAGGUUGAAAAGAUCGAGAGCAAGUACUAUGCUGACGGUGAAGAUGCUUAUGCUAUGCAUUUAAAGCUGGAGAGCCAGUGGUUGGACUGGAAGGCCAUUGAGAAACGGGACCGCGAGAACGCCGAGGCGAAGGAUGCCGACGAGAAUGCCGAUGAGGGUGAUGAGGUCGGUGAGCUUGGAAAGAAGGAAGACGGGGACGAGAAGGAGAAGAUGGUCCGUGUCAAGGUCGGAAGAGGUCUUGGUGUGGGCGAUCUGGUCGAGAAGAAUGAGAGCCAGCAAUGA